CCCACUUCCCAAUUCAUAAAGCUCUCUCAAAAAUGUCACCUUGUAGCUAAUGAAAUUGCACCAUUCAUCAUCUUAUACUUGGAAAGAAAAAUUGGCUAUGAUGAUGAAUGGUACCAGUGAUCAUACCCAACCCAAAAACGGCGGCUCUCGGAGGACCGCCGCCGCUGUGGCCGCUAACGGCGGCGGAAAGCGUCGUGGAUGGUGUAGAGGACUAACUGACUGCAUCAUUUUGGGGCCCACCAAUGGUUCACGAUACCACUCAACUGCUCCUACAAACACCACUCAUCGUCAACAGGUGGCAGAAAUGGAGAAGGAAGUAGAGAGGCAAAAGGAGCUAAAGGGAAUGUACAAAAUGAGGCUGGAAAGAACACAGAAUUAUUUAAGGUAUUGUCUCCAAGUGGCCCAAGAAAAUGGUUUCUUGGACUUCAUCAUCAACAACAAACAAAAACCUCAGCAAGAAGAAGUUGCAUUAUCAUCCUCAAGUACUACUCUAUGUAAUGGGAGUAUGAGUCCUCUGAUUAGUACACCUCCCAGACCGCAACCGCUCUACCAUUCAAAUCUUGAAGCCCUCAUUCAUCAAGCCAAGCUUAAUGGAUGGUACAUUGAGCCCCAUGAGAUAGAACUGCAAGAACUGGUAGCGCAAGGAACCACGGCGGACAUAUACAAAGCAAGGUGGCGCGGCCUCGACGUCGCCGUGAAAUGCAUAUACCCAGAUUUCUUCCACUCCAACGACAACGGCGUCGGCUUCUUCGCGCAAGAAGUGGAAACCCUUUCCCGGCAACGCCACCGCUUCGUGCUAAGCCUGAUGGGGGCGUGCCUGGAGCCGCCGGAGCACGGGUGGAUAGUGACGGAGUUUCUGGGCACCACAUUGAAAGAUUGGCUCCACGGCCCGGGCAAGAGGAGAAGAGAGAGAAGUGUUCCUCUUCCCCCCAUUGCAGAGAGGUUGGCUAAGGCCGUUGAGAUCUCGCAGGCGAUGCAGUAUCUCCAUGCCCAGAGGCCAUUGAAGGUGGUUCAUAGAGACUUGAAGCCUAGCAACAUUUUUCUUGAUGAUGCAUUUCAUGUUAGAGUUGCAGAUUUUGGGCAUGCUAGGUUCCUAAGCUACCAGGAAAAGGCUCUAACCGGAGAAACAGGAACUUAUGUUUAUAUGGCUCCUGAAGUAAUUCGCUCAGAGCCUUAUGAUGAAAAAAGUGAUGUGUAUAGCUUCGGCAUCAUACUCAACGAGCUUAUUACCGGUGAACAUCCAUAUAUUGAAACCGAGUAUGGUCCUUCAAAGAUAGCCAUAGAAGUUGCAGAGAAUGGAUUGAGGCCAGCACUUCCAGAAGAGCAUGAUGAUGAUGUCCAAACAAAAGAGAUAAUUGAGGUGAUACAACAUUCAUGGGAUGAAGAUUCUGCCAUGAGACCAUCUUUUGCAACACUAACAUGUGCCCUCAUAAACAUCCACAAAGCACUACUCACCCAUGAUGAUGCUUUAUAGCAGUGUUGCAAAAAUCGUGCCUAGACACUAGGCGGUCGCCCUCCUAGAAACCCGCCUAGGCGUUCUAGGCGCUCUAGGUGCUUUAGGCGUCUUAGGCGGUCCCCAGGCGCCUAACGAUUUUUUCAACAUUACUUUAUACUUUUAUAGUAUGUAGUAAAUUUUCAGAAAUUUAAUAUAUUACCAAUUUACCAACAUGUACUGUAGUCGAAUAUACCAAUUUAUUGCCAUAAACGGCCUUCGAUUUUAUUAUACAAAUUUGAACUCCAAA